GUCAGAACAGUGCCAUGUAACAUUCGUAGAGGUUAUAUGUGUGUUCAUGUUUCAAAACAAGUGAAAAACGUCAUCAAAAGCCCAGAAAAACAUAAAAAUUAAUCAAAAAUGGAUAUCACUGCGUUUUCCGAUGAGAAUUUUGAUACUAAAACAUGGAUCAAUGAAAUAUUGAAGAAUAAUGCCGAUAUGGACAAGAAAGAAAAUUAUACAAUGUCUCUUGUGAUGAAACUGCAACUCUAUGUCCAACAAGUCAACAAUUCACUGGAGGAAACAAGUCAUAACAUUCUAGCAUCUAUGCCAAAGAUAAUUAGAGAUAGCAAGAGUCUACAACAAGAAGCAUUGGCUCUCAAGGAAAAAAUGGAGCAAGUUAGAGAAGAAAUCACGAAAAUCGAAGAAGAUACAGGGAAAUCCAUUAAUUCCAUCGAACAAUUGGAUAAAAUGAAAGCGAAACUCAUGGAUGCCAAGCAAGGACUGCAUGAGAGUGAUAACUGGACUGUUCUUGUUAAUGAUUUGGAGGAAGUUUUCGAUUCGAAAAACAUUCCGAAUAUUUCUGCGAAGCUUCUGGGUAUGCAACAGUCUUUAAAACUACUUGUGAAUAUUUCUGAUUACGAAGAUAGAAAACUCCAGCUGGAAGGAUUGAAAAACCGCCUGGAAGCAAUUGCAAGUCCUUCGAUUGUCCAAGCACUUUCAACUUGUGAUAUUGAAAAGUCUUUGUUGUAUGCAAGAACGUUUAAUUCAAUCGGACGCUUGCAACAGUUGUUGAAAUACUAUCAUAAAUGUCAAAAGGAUAUUUUGUUGAAGAAAUGGCGUGAACAACUUGACGAACAGGAAGAUUCAGUUGUGCAGUGGAUACACAACUUCUUUGUGUUGUUGAUUAGUAAUUGGCAUGCACAAUACAAGUGGUUCUCACAGGUUUUCCCUGAGGAAAACACUUGUGAUUGUUUGGUGGAUUUGUAUAUCGAUGUACUAGCUAGUUUGGAUCCUAUGAUGAAUGAAUGUCUUGAUGCUGCUUUAAAACAAACUUCUGAUAAGUUAUAUUUCCUUUUGGAAGUUAAGCAGAUGUUACAGCAGUUUGCGGGGAGUAUUGAUGAUGUUUUGAAGAAUAUUCAACCUAAUAUUUCUGGUGAGAAAUCAACACUUUUACGCCAAACAAUCUACAAUCCUUUGGUGCCAUACAUAAGUAAAUACUCUACUUAUGAACAAGGUCACCUUUCGCAUAAAUUAACAACAAUAAAUUGUAUUAAAGAAGAACUUCAAGAUACAAUCCAAGCAUUAGGCUUUUCUAUUACUCCUGUGAUGGAUAUAGCUCGAGAUGCGCAUAAAAGAUGUAAAAAUAUCACUGAAUAUUGUGGGUAUUGCGGUCUUCUGAUUGCUUUCCGGACGUUUUUUGUCACUUAUGGUGAUCAAUUCAGAGUUGCGCUGAGGCAGAUCGACAGACGCAAUGAAAAGAAAGAAGACUGGGCACGUUUUCAACUUUGUAUGUCCCUAUUACAAAACUGUGGUGAUGUUUUGAAUAAUUUACAAAUAUUCGAGAAGGAAUUGACUAAUGAGUUACUACAGCCAGGUAUCGGAGAUUAUAAACAGUUGUUUUUGAAUGGCGUGGAGAGAAAAGAGUUCGAAAGUUUGGUUAAGUGCGUUACUGAAGGUACCAGGUUAUCAUUAUUAGAUCAUGUGCUUGGAGAAUUUGGGAAAUUGUGUGCUGAUGUGCAUCAGACGACGUUUCAAGUUGUUUUCGGCCCGAUUUCGGUGCAUUUGGAUGUCGUACAGGGGAGUAAAACAUGGGCGCAGUUUACAGAUGGCGGAUAUCAACAAGAAUUACCGGAAUAUAGUUUAUCCCCACAGGAAUAUAUAACACAGAUUGGUCAGUAUCUAAUGACGUUGCCCCAACAUCUUGAACCGUUUCUAUUCCGUGAGAAUCCAUCUUUAAACUGUGCGUUAAAAGCUGCUGAUACUGAAUAUGCCAACACGGAUGAAGAAGGUGGCAUGGCCGACACGUUUCUUAAGAUUGUCGCUAGAGGGACUUGUCAAACGUACUGCGAUCGUAUUUUAAGUAUUCACGAGUUGUCCACGCCGGCAUGUAGGCAACUAGCACAUGAUAUUAGUUAUCUAGGCAGUGUUUUUGAAGAUUUGGGUCUUACACUCUCCGAUAAUCUUCAGCAGUUGAUGAAUUUAUUGAAAUUGUCUCCGGAAGCUUAUCAAACACAGAGUGCUGGGUGUUCACCGCGGUAUGUCGCCGCCAUUAGGCAAAUGCGGAACAUAACCUCCGGUUAAAUGGAGGUAUGGAGUAUUUAACUGUCACUUUUAAGCAAUAAAACUUUAAAAUUAUAA